UAUCAUAAACAUUAUGCGCCUACAUCAGCUGCAUUGCGCAAAUUCUCUUUUUCCUGGGUGCGCAUUAUUCACAACAUCCUGACUGUCUGCACAAGUGGAAAGAAAAUGAGGCUGAUAUAACAGAGCAUAUUUCUUUUAUUCUGGCACAGUUGGAAACUGUAAGUGCUCAAAUUGCCAUAUGGCAAAAGUAUACUCAGCUUUCCCAUAUAGCUGCAUGUUAAUGGUACACACAUGGGCUUCUGGUGAGAGAGUAGGAAAGGGGGGUUCAUAACAUAAGCCAGUGUCUCUUUAAAAAAAAAUUGAAGUUUCUUGUUGUAUUCUGGAAUGAGGUCAGACACGAGGCUCCUCAUUGCACGCGCUGAUUAUUAUUAGAUUCCAUUUUGGGCCAAUCAGCGGCGAGGGGGCGUGAUUCUGGCGCCGAGGCAGGGUAGCGACAGCGUCCGAUUGGUGGAUUUUUAUCGCCGUUGUAUCACGGGAAGGGAUAAAUGCAGGCGAGGGGGGCCGGGUCUGGAGGGCUGCUUAAAACGCGACUGUAGGUCUGCAGAUGGGAGGCGGACAGUGUAACUCGCUCUAGCUGCUUUUUCUCCUUCCCCGGCAUGCAUGGCUUUUGUUUCUAGGAGAGCUGAUGCAGAGAAAAGCACUUACCUUACACACUCUACUUGGGAGCCCUUUGCAAGUGCCCAAAACGCACAGUGGUGGCACCCAGUCUCAGCUGUGUAGACUAUGUUUCAGUGAACUGAUUUUAUAACACAGAAGGAAGAGACUGAGAGCGAUCACAGGGUGCACAGUGGACAGUGGGGCUACACCGUCCGUGCUGUUUGAACUCCUACAGAAGCUGGAGAUUAAACUUUUUUACGCAUCCAGCCUUUUCAGGCUCCUCUGGACUGAAGUGUUUCCGAGUUUACUGCGCAUCUCAGGAGUGAAUUACUACGUGCACUGUUUUUUUUUUUCUUUCUUUUUCUUCUUCCUCUCCGCUCAAACUGUGAAGAGGGGGAGAAAAGAGCUGAGUUUGCUUUAAAGUGAAUCAGAGGACCAAGGAGAGAGGGAGAGAAAGAGCCAGUACAAACCCUCUUCCUCUGUGUGCAGAAGCGGACAGCAUGGUGCAGAAAAUGAGCCACACAGAGAGCACCGCCGAGGCGCUGUCCUUCUUCGCCGGGGAUUCGAGCUCCGACUCCGGGGCGUGCAUGGACCUGGACCCGGCCGCCUCGCCCCUCUCCCCGGGCUCCACAGCCUCCUCGACCGCCGGCGACAAGUUGGGAGACAAUCCGGCGUGGUGUAAAACUCCGAGCGGCCACAUCAAGAGACCCAUGAACGCCUUCAUGGUGUGGUCGCAGAUCGAGAGGAGAAAGAUCAUGGAGCAGUCCCCGGACAUGCACAACGCGGAGAUCUCCAAGCGGCUGGGGAAGCGGUGGAAGCUGCUCAGAGACAGCGACAAGAUCCCCUUCAUCAGAGAGGCGGAGCGGCUCAGGCUCAAGCACAUGGCGGACUAUCCCGACUACAAGUACCGGCCGAGAAAGAAGGUAAAAUCCAGCGCGUCCAAGCCUGGCAGCACCGGAGACAAGGGAGACAAACUUAGCAGUAGCUCGAACAACACCAGCACUAAGACAUCCUCAUCUUCGAGGAAGAAUGGAUCCAAAUCAACCAGCAGCAGCAGCAAACCCCACAAAUCACUUUUCGGGAGCAGUAGCACCAAAGCAUCACUGUUUGCCUCUGAGCACCCGUCAGAGCACCAUCACAACUCUCUGUACAAGUCCAAAUCCGUCUCCUCCUCCUCAGCCAAGCAGAUACCGGAUGGCAAGAAGCCCAAGCGGGUCUACGUGUUCGGGAGCAGCGGGGCCAGCUUGAGCGUCAGCCCGGCGUCCUCCGUCGUGGUCCCGGCCAGCCCGACGCUCAGCAGCUCGGCGGACUCCAGCGACCCGCUGAGUCUGUACGAGGACGCGGCCAGCGGCCGGGAGGAGGGCGCGGACUCCCCGGUCAGCAGCGGCAGCCUGAGCGCGUCUUCGGAGCGCCACGGCGGCCACACGUACAGCAGCAGCCGGCGGACUUCCUCGCCCACUCCCUCCGGCUCCCACUCCUCCGCCUCGUCCCACUCGUCCUCCUCCUCCUCCUCUUCCUCGGAGGACGAAGAGUUCGAGGACGACUUGCUCGACAUCAACCCGAGCCCCAGCUUUGACAGCAUGUCGCUGGGCAGCUUCGGCUCCUCGGUGCUGGACAGGGACUGGGAUUUGAACUUUGAGUCCGGCUCCGGGGGGUCCCACUUCGAGUUCCCCGACUACUGCACGCCCGAAGUCAGCGAGAUGAUCUCCGGGGACUGGCUGGAGUCCACUAUCUCCAACCUGGUGUUCACGUACUGAAACAGCAAAAAAAAUAAAAAAGCCAACAGGUAAAUAAUCCUGCGCGUAAAAACCUGACCACAAACAGAAACAGGGGUUCCUGUAAGUGUGGGCGCAAUAGUUUGUGUUGUGACUACAGCAGACUAGCAUAAACCCACUGAAACUAGUCCCCCGUCCCUUCUUGCCUCUAGAGGCGAGAGCUGCAAGUCCUUGGAAAGCUCAACUUAAAAAAAAAGGAAAAAAAGGGGAUCAGUUUGUUUUUUUUUUGUACUUUUCUUCGGAUGCGUGGAUUGUGGGACUCGGUACAAGUGGAGGGAAGCAGAGGGGAGAGAAGGAGAGACUGACUCAGUCCUGGACUGUUUGAACUGAAACUUAACUGUGAUUGAUUUGCACGUUACGCGGUCCGCCGUUCACUUAAUCAAUGUUGUUGCUGAAUUUGAGAGAGAGAGAGAGAAAAAAAAGGGACAUUUCACAACUUUUUACCAAUCGCCAAGUGAACUUCACCACUAAAAAGGUACAGAAAUAGGACUGACUGCCGUGCGACAUUUUUAUUGUGGUGUGUCACCGAGAGGGAUUUUUUAAAAUGAAACCGAGGUGGGUUGAUGUUUUUUUUGUUUUUGUUUUUUUUUUAAAGUCGGAUAUUUUUCUCGAAAGCAAAAAAAAAAGAAGAAAAAAAAACCUGUUAAGCAUGAUAGCCUACUUUGUUUCCUAUCUUGUGCUGAGAUUUUUUUUUUUGUGAGACUGUCGAGCAGUUUAAAAACUAGUAUUAGGGUUAUUUAAAUGGAUAGGUGGCGCUCGCUUCGGUUCUUCUCUUUAAGGAAAAAAAAAAAAAGAAAAAAAAAAGGACAUUGAAAUAAUCACCAGCUGUCGUAAUUUUUCAGACUUCAGGACUCAAACGCAACUUCAAAUCUGUGCUGAACUUUAUACACGUGUUCUCUGAUUCAGGACCAAAAUUCUUUUUAAUUUCAGAUGAUAGCUAUAGAGAAAUCCUCACCGAUUUUUUGUUGUUCGUCAUCCUCUGAGCUUUGUUUUGUACAUGUAUUCAGAUGCCAUUUUAUAUGGGAUGUUGUAUUUAUAUACUGGGCCAAGCGUUUUUAACUUUAUCAUUUUUUUUAUUAUUAUUUUUAUUUCUUGUACACAUGAUCUAGUCCAUUUCUUUUUUUUUUUCUAACACGGUUGUUUGUCAGUAUGUCUGCCACAUUUCCUUCUCAGGCGAAGGGCUAGAGUUUUAAGAACACACAACUUUUUUGAUUUCUUUUUUAUAUUUAAAUGUACACACUUUUGGACACUUAAAAAGAGAGGAAACAGUUUGAUUAUUUUCUCAGUGUAUUUUUGUACAAAUCUAUAUAGAAAAAUGGGGGAAGUCAACAAUCGGUGUGUGUAGCCUACUAAUACAGCUGUAUUGGAUUUCCUAAUUUUUAAUACCCCGGCAGGCUGGUUUUCAUGCUGCCUUCAAGUGCUUAUGGCAAGCUCGUAUUUCUGAGUUUCUGCUGACUGUUGAAACGCUUUUUGUAGGAGACAAACAGCAGGAACAGACCAUGUGGACACUGUGGUGCCUGUUGUUUUUGAUUUGUAGGAAUUUAGAGGCACCCGAGAUGCUUUGUACUUUUAGCGAAGGGAGCAGAAAAUGAAUCAGGUGUGCAAUUUUUAAAGUCACCGAGCAGUCAAACUCCGUGUAACUUCUACCAGCAAAUACUUCUAACCCGUAUUUGACACCCAAUCCCCGAAUAUCCCUGAAUAUUGGCAGUGCAGGAAUGAAAUACUGAAGUUGCAAGACUGCAAUUUGGAUUUUUCCCGACAGCACUUGAAAGCAGCACCAGUCUUCGUAUCAGCCUACCUUCUACGUUUACAGUGCCAGACUGCAGGCUUCUUAAAGACACAGGAACGCUUUAUUUCCAGAGGCUGUUCCUGUGCACCACGUGGGUUUAGCAGCAGCAGCAGCAGCAGCAGCAGCAGCAUCACUGUCUCAAAAAAAGCCACUUGCUUUUUGCAUUUUCCAGUCAGAUAUCUUGCCUAUGACAACAAUGAGGAGAUUGUAGCUUUAAAUUUGACUUAUUUCUUGAUGUUUUCAUUAACUGAUGUCACAUUUGCCAAUCAGCCACUGGAUCGAACAGGUUCUCAAUACAGCAGCAAGCAAAACAACAAAAAGGAUGACAACAUCAAGCAUAUUCAAAUUUCUGACUUGAGUUCCGCAACACCUACUUGUACUGCGUUUCUCAUUGUAUUUGAAUAUAUAAUCUUUUCUACUUGUCGGCUAACUAUUAGCUAAUAAUUGUUUUAGUAUCUUUAUGGCAUGGUGAAUAGCAUUUGUAUUUCAGAUUCAGGUUAUUAGCUGUUGUGUUUUUCAGAAAAAAAUGAAAAAAUGAGCAAAAACGAUGAAACGUGAACUCGAUCUUUGUAUAUUUGACUGUAUCAUAAAGCAAAAAGAUUGUGUGUUUAUGUACGUUGUUGCUAUUGAGGACAGGCACUGUCUAGAACUGCUAUCUUUUACACAUCCUUACUUACAUUUAAGGUGGUCAGUUCAGACUGUUUUUUAUAUAUAUAUGAAAGCAUUUUUAAAUAUAUUAACUUUAUUUUUCAUCCAUCCUGUGCAAUAUGCUGUGUAGAAUUAUCAUUUAUUGUCUCUAAUCAUGCCAUAAACAAAAGAAACCGCCCUUUUUCUGGGACUCAGAGAAAGGGAGGGGGGAACUCAUGCCAGCUAAAUUGUGUCCAUUCACUGCCUGUCAGAUUGUUGAUACAAACUUGUGUACAGAACUUUUUCAAGGAAGGAAAUAAAUAUCAGCUGGAACUGAAA